AAACACAUUCGAAGUUUGCCAAGCCAAUACCGUCUGCGCUUUCAUCAGAAGACGACUAGCUAAAUCAAUUCACCUGUAGCAGACGUCCCGUGUAAAAUCAUGAAUGGAGACAAUACUACUUGCUAUCACAAGACUCUGAAUAUUCCAUGUGACCUUUUAUAUUUCUAAUAAUAUUAUCCAAUCAGAAAGCAACUUCCUGUCAACUCGUGGUAGAGUGCAUUGCUUCCUUUUUUCAUCCAAUAAAGUGUGGGGUACCAUAUUUGUUUAUUUUAACCACUUGAUUUAACUUCCUACGUUUAAAAAUAAACACAAUACACACGACAGAUAAAUUCAUUAUGUAUUUAAAACCCAACUUAAAUAUUCUGUGUUUAUUUUCAAAAAAGUUUUGUAUGUAAACAGACAUGCAAUUUUGCACUGUGAAAUAUUCGAGUGGACUUGAAGUAAACAGUAAAUAUUAGUGAGGAAGUUAAAGCAUGCAUUUGUUGGAUUAUUGUGAGAUAUCAAUAUCAUAUAGGUCACAGGAGUUUGAAAAUUAAAGAGCCUUCUAGGAGAGCAAUUUUUCCUGCAAAAUUUAAUCUUGCUCAGGAAUCAGUCAUGCAUGUUCCGGGGCACUACGGUCCCGCACCGUCCCAGCUCUAUCUUCAACAACAACAGCAGCAGCACCACCAUCAUCAACAUAAUCAGAUUAGAAACUAUCAGGGUAGAUGUCAUUCCAACCCUUUUGUUCACGCUAUGGAGGAUCUAAAUAUCUCUCAUUACCAGGACUCUCACAGAUUGAGACCUCAGGUCAACCCCUCCUCACAGAGCAGUAGUGUAAUGAUACAGCCAGAGAGCCCUGUCUCACACAGGAACAGCCAGUCUUCGUCUUGUCCCGUGUCUCCUAAUUCCAGCUGUGGCAGCCCUAGGUCAUCUCAUUAUCCAGAAUUAGUGUCAUCACCACUGCAUUACGAGAAUGUUCCUCAUCUUCAAAGUUCUAAUCCCGCAUUUCCUUCAAAUCAGCAAGCAUUCCACCACCUUGCUUAUCAACGCCAGUACAAUGACAACCGGCUCAGCGAUGGUGAACAUAUUCGGGCGCGAAAUAAUGCAAAUCGACUUGAUUCUCCGAAUAAUGGUAAUUCCAUAGCGUCCCCAAACACGCCUUACUACCAAUCCUCUUCAUCAUCGCCAGAUGUACGUAGCGGAAUUUCGCAGUCUCCUUUCCUCCAAAGCAGGGUACCUAUGGUGAACCCAUACACAAGGACCUCCGCACUGUACCCUCCGCACCCAUCCUCACCUCCAGUCUCUGGUCAUAAUGGACAAGAUUUAAGCUCAUCGUCUCACUCUUGCCACAUUUCGCAACAGAACAGCAACCAGCACCUACAAGUGAUGAAUUGUUCCGACCAGAUGUCAAACUCAGUAGACACUAGUAAUCCUGGGAUUGUUCCCCAUCCAGAUAUCCGCCAGUACCCAGACGGUUUUCCAAUGUCCCAACAACAACAAAUUAUGGUGCUGAAUGGUGAAAAUAUUCCCUCUGCGUCAUGUCCCUUUCCAAUGUCAGAGCUUCCGGAAGAGGAACCUCUCUAUGUUAAUGCCAAGCAGUAUCACAGGAUUCUGAAACGACGACAAGCACGGGCGAAACUGGAGGCCCAAGGCAAAAUUCCAAAGGAGAGAAAAAAAUACCUCCAUGAAUCCCGUCAUAGACACGCCAUGAAUCGCUACCGAGGUGAGGGUGGCCGCUUUUUCUCCGCAAGCUCCAAAGAAAUCAAAAAGGAAUUGGAGGAUUCUAUCAAAAAAGAACCACAGGAUUAUGAGCUCGAGGAGUCACAUGAUCCAGGAUUUCUGACCUUCAGCGACAUACACAAGAAUACUCUGGAAACUUGAGGAAAUGCGCAAAAUGUGCCUUUUUCUACAUUGUUCAAAAAUGACAGAUCACUUGAUGUAUAUGUGUCCUGAUUUUUAACUUUUUAUUGGGUAUUGAGAAUUACUGAAGAAAAUAUGUAAUACAAAUAAUGAUAUUUUCUCUGUUUAUGAACUCUUUUUGCGGGUUAUUGACCGUCUAUAAGCAAGUUUAGCCAAUAAAAAUAAGAGUAUUAUUGUUAGCAUGUUGUAUACACUUACAGGAGCUUAAAUGAGCACACGGAGACGUAGCUGCAGAACUGUAGCUCUCUGAAAAAAUAUUUUGACGGAACAAAAUAUUUUUUCAGAGAGCUACAGUUCUGCAGCUAACGGAGACGUAGAAUAUGUAUUUUCAAAUUCUAUUUUAGUUUAUCUGCAAGUUUUUCCAUGUUGCAAAUAAGACUAGUCACUUAAUAUAUGUAAAAGAAAACUGUUCAUAUACAAUGUGUUCAUCAACUGUUAUGUAGUUAUAGAAAAAUGGUGUUAUUAAAAUAUUUAUUUAAAAAUCAAUUGUCAUUGUUUAAGGAUGAAAUAUAGACAUUUAAGAAAGAUAUUCUCCCUGGAUUUCAUUGUGCAUAUAUAUAUAUAUAUAUAUAUAUAUAUAUAUGAAGAUUUUCAUUUUAUUAUUUCUGGUGAAGAAUUGCAAUAAAAAUCCACUCACAAUGAAAUGCAAUUAUAGUACGCGUAAUUCAUAUUGCUGUUUUAAAUAUCAUAAUCAUUUGACUUACAUUUUAUAUGCAUGCGCAAUACUGUACUCGAGCUUGCAAAGUGUGGGUCAUUGUAAGAUUGGGUCUCUGAUGUUUUCAUGAAGAUCUGAUUUUUUUGUUUAAUAUUGAUAUAUUCAGACAUUGCUUUAAAGGAAAUUGGUUUAGUUUGAUGGUCGAUAUUUUAAGAAUUGCUACAUCUUAUUCCGUCCCCUCUUCCGGUGAUAAAAUGGCUGAGCUUACAUUGUAAAGAUUUAUCUGCAAUGGAUGUGAAAUAAAUAUGAUGUAUACUGAGAGCCCACUGUCUUAUACUUUACUGUUACUUGUGUACUUCAAUCAUUUCUAUGGCAAGUUUUUUUUAAUGAAAUAAAUGAAUGAUGAAGGAAUCAG